UUCAUUGGUGAUGUAAAUUGGUCGACGUCGGUGCGAGCAUCUGCAUCUGAGGCUCUGGGGAGCUGCCCUGAUCGACAGCCUGUCAAGGGACUCGCAGACGUUGGGAUUCCUGCCAGCUCCGAUAGGAGCCGCUGGCAGCGCUCUCCAGGGGACUUCUCCACCACAUGCCCACGGCGCUGCCUCCUCGUGCUGCUGCUACUUACAACACGCGCUGUGCCGGCGCAGCGAAGGUGUAGCAGACGAGCUCCACUCGUAUCGCGACGAGCCAUGGCUGAUAGCGGUGGGCCCGUAAUCGUCGUGGGUGCCGGAGUAAGCGGCUUGGCAGCGGCUCGGCACCUUCGCAAGGAGGGCCUCGAUGUGGUCGUGCUUGAGGCCAGGGACCGCGUCGGUGGACGAACUUACACCGUGCAGGGUGAUCACUAUGGCUACCUGGACAUUGGCGGAGCGUACAUCGGCGCCACCCAGCGUCACCUGCUGCGCGUUCUCAAGGAGCUGGGCCUGGAGAAGCACCUUUACUGCGUCUACUACGAGAACUGGACCGUUUUUACAAUACUGGGCCGACGCUACGUCACCACCGGCGGAGACUUCCCGUCGUUUUGGAACCCCAUUGUGAACAUGGAUGUGAACAACUUCUUUCGCAGUCUGGAUCAGAUGGGAGAAGAGAUUCCCGUCGACGCACCUUGGGACGCACCGCACGCCGAGGAAUGGGACAGGAUGUCAUUUCAAGACUUCAUCGAUCGCACCUGCUGGACAAGUGUGGCCAAAGCGAUGGCGAAGUUCUUUAUCGCCAUCAACGUAACGUCCGAGUCGUACGAGGGAUCCCUUCUGUGGAUGCUGUGGUACGUGAAACAGUGCGGGGGCGUCAAGAGGAUAAUCUCCAUCAAGAAUGGCGGACAGGAAAGAAAAAUGAAGGGAGGCAUGAUGCAGGUUAGCCUCAAGAUGGCGGAGUCCUUGGGAGACAGGGUGAAGCUAAAUUCUCCUGUGGUCGGCAUAACUCAAGAUAACUCGGGUGUCGUCGUCAGAACCCUGGACGGUAAAGAAUACAAGGGCAGCCACGUGAUCAUGGCCAUGGCUCCUCCUAUGCAAAUGCGUGUCCACUACUCACCGCCGCUGCCUCCAAUGCGCAACCAGCUGCUGCAGCGAAUGCCCAUGGGUUCCGUGUGGAAGUGCCUCGUUUAUUACAAGGAGCCCUUCUGGAGGAAAAUCGGAUACUCCGGCUCCAUGUUGUUCACCUUGUCUGAAGACUGCCCCGUCGUGUACACAAUCGAUGACACAAAGCCGGACGGACAGUACCCGGCCAUUAUUGGGUUCCUGCCUGCCGGCAAGGCGAGGAGUCUGGUGAAUCUUUUGCCUGAGGAACGCAAGAAUAUGAUCAUCAAGGCGUAUGCAGCUGCCAUGAAGACUGAUGAGGCCCUCCAUCCCAUUCACUAUGAAGAGUACAACUGGGCAGGAGAGCAGUACGCAGGAGGCUGCUAUACUUGCAUGAUGCCGCCUGGAUUCCUCACCACUUUCAAGAAUUUAAUCAGAGAGCCCAUUGGGCGGCUUCACUUCGCCGGCACCGAGACGGCGAGUCAGUGGUCGGGCUACAUCAACGGUGCCAUCCAAGCUGGCGAGAGGGCUGCCAAGGAAGUUCUUCACUCACUAGGCUUGAUCGACGAGGAGCGGAUCUGGGAGCCCGAACCACCAGUCGAUGAUGUGAUCCCCGAGAUCCCGUUCACAGACACAUUCAUGGAGAAGCACUUGCCCUCUGUCAACGGCUUCCUGUCGCUUGUUUGCUUCCUAGUUCCGGCAGUGGGCGCCACCUGUCAGCUGUGCGCUGCUCUGUUAUCGUCGAUAACGUCCCUAGAAAUAACUGAAGUAGCGCCAUUCGUUUCACCGUGCAGGCUCCUCCUCUCUACCCCAUGCAUGGUAGCCUUGGUAGUGCAAGCAUCAUCUUGUCUGUCCUCAGUCGCAUGUUUUCUUAUGCUUCCACGACAACACCAGCGAUGAGGGGGUGCUGCACGGGCUUACCCUUUACUGAGCCCUAAGAGAGGGUAUGCCUUAGUUCGUAGUUUCUUGCUGGACGCUGCAGGGGCGCUGAGCAGCUGCUGAGAGAGGAGGAAGAAGCAAGGGGUGGCGCUACUGUAGUUUUUUAGGGACUUUUACCACCUGCCGUCCUUUAUGCAUUGACAAUGCAUCUGCUGCCAAAUAAUAUUCAUCUCAUCCCUCCAUUUGUUCAAGAAGGCCCGAAGAACAGUGAACGUCCCUUUGGCGAGCAGUUCACAAAAAGAUCGGGCAAACAAUCGCUUUAAUCAGCGGGAAAUUUACGUUUGUAACGUGGACAACCUGUUAGCGCAGACAACUUCACACUGCCAUAAAUACUUGGAUUACAAGCGUUGUUUGUCUUGUUUUGCAAGCGUAAAAAAAUCGACACAAGCACUCACUAACGCCAAAAAAUGGGCGUUUUCAAUUUGCACGCUUUUACGCACGCACCAUUUGCCCAGAACUGCAAGCUACGCCAAUGCUGCUUGACUCAUGAGUUCUUGUAUUCCUUUGUGUGCCUCACCGAAUUAUUAAAGUUGAAAAUAUGUAUUCA